AUGUCAACAACCACUAAAGUCAACAACUCGUUUGUCAGCUGCCUGUUUAUGUUGAUGCGGAAAAACGGCUCGAGUUGACAACUGCUGAUGUCGACAACUCAUUUAAGUUGUCACCCAUUGAUGUUGACAACCCGUUUAUGUCAACAACUCAUUUGUCAGCUGCCUGUUUAUGUUGAUGCGGAAAAACGGCUUGAUUUGACAACUGCUGAUGUCGACAACUCAUUUAAAUUGUCACCCGUUGAUGUUGACGACCCGUUUAUGUCAACAACCACUAAAGUCAACAACUUGUUUUUUUCAGCUGCCUGUUUAUUUUGAUGCGGAAAAACGGCUUGAUUUGACAACUGCUGAUGUCGACAACCUCAUUUGUCAUCCGUUGAUGUUGACGACCCGUUUAUGUCAACAACCACUAAAGUCAACAACUUGUUUUUUUCAGCUGCCUGUUUAUGUUGAUGCAGAAAAACGGCUUGAGUUGACAACUGCUGAUGUCGACAACUCAUCUAAGUUGUCAUCCGUUGAUGUUGACGACCCGUUUAAGUCAACAACUCAUUUGUCAGCUGCCUGUUUAUGUUGAUGCGGAAAAACGGCUCGAGUUGACAACUGCUGAUGUCGACAACUCAUUUAAAUUGUCAUCCGUUGCUGUUGACGACCCGUUUAUGUCAACAACCACUAAAGUCAACAACUUGUUUUUUUCAGCUGCCUGUUUAUGUUGAUGCAGAAAAACGGCUUGAGUUGACAACUGCUGAAGUUCACGAUCUGUUUAUGGUGACAACCACUUAAGUCAACAUCUUAAAUGGGAAGUGCACUUUUUUGGAAUGGAAUAUUUGCCCAUUAUUCCCAAUCCUUUUGUGAAACAUUAACACAUAAUUAUUUCCCUUUUCUGUGCUUUAACAGGACAAAAGGAGUUAAUAUGAGCUAGCUAACAAUGCUAUCAUUGGGAUACAUCUAUUUCCACUAUGAAUCCCUCUAAAAUAAACCUCUACCUGGGUGUAUUGCUACACAUACUUAUGCUAGUUCCGUCAAAAACACUUCCGAUGUCCACUGUCUGUGGGAUGGCCGCGUCUUCCAGCACAAGACUGGAUCAAACACCUGGGGUCAAAAAUGCUAACGUCAAACCAGCAUCUUGUUAAGUCUUGUUAGCCAAAUAGAGAGCUAGCUAGCCACUCUUCUGUCUAUAGAUGGCGCUGAGACUAGCGGUUAGCCAGAUAAAUAUAAUAUUCCAUGUUAGCUUCUAGCCUUAGCGUCCAAAAUGUGUCUCCCAAUGACAGCAUUGUUAGCUAGCUCGUAUUAACUCCUUUUAUGCUGUUGUAAUGUACAGAAAAGGGAACUAAAUAUGAACAUAACAUAAAGGGGUUCCAGUAAAAAAAAAAAAGAAGAUGGAAUGUAUUUUUGUAGUCCAAGAUGACUUUGUAUGUUUACCAUGUUGUCAUGUUUUCUAACUUUGCUACUGAUUGUCUUUCCACGUACUUGAAUAUUGCACAGCAGGAAUCAUUAAAACAAACCUUGGCAAAGCAGGGAAUUGUGUGGGUGUGCAGUUGUUGUGAUGGAAUGUUGUUUGUCAUCCAUGUUCGCCUAUCCUAUAACAUUCCAGCCAGCACGCCUUCUUUUGGCUAAUGUGUUCCACCUUGACUCAAUUAGCGUGUUUUUCUGUUGACGCCAUUUAAUAAUUUAUAUUAUAUUGAAGUAAUGACGUACAGAGCCGAUCCCAUUUCCGGGUACGAAUCGCGCCUUCUCUGAUUGGCUCUCAUCAACCAACGAGAAAUAAGAGGGCCAAAAGAAAAACAAUGGAGUACAAGCGAAGUCGAAGCAGACAUUAUUCAGUAACUUUCGUAAACGAAAGAAACUUGAUUCAUUGGACAGUGUUCAACGGGUCAGCGUUUGAUGUAGCUUAAACGUUUAUGUGAAAUAAACGUUCAAACGGAAGAAAAUUCACGGCCCUACAUGAAAUGUCACCGGGUUUAUAUGUAACUCCGGGUUACUUUACUUUGGCCCACAAAUAAGUCUUCUCUGAUUGGCUCUGGCAUCAACCAAUGAGAAAAAAGAGCGCCAGAAGGGAAAAAAAUGGAGGACAAGCAAAGUCGAAGCAGACGUAUGUCAAUAACUUGCUAACUUGUCAACUAAAUAGAAAAAAAAUGGAUUCAUUCGACAGGGUUGAGCGGGUUAUAGUUUGACGUGGCUUAAAGGUUUAUGUGAAAUGUCGCUGAGUGCUUCGUGUGAAUCGGUCCGUCAGAAAAGAAGUCUGUCAAGCCUCCUCGAUGGUCACCUUGCGAAGAGGCCCAAGCAAGGAGACGGUCAGCGGCUCCACGAGGCGGCCAUCCAGUUGUUGGAGCAGCAGCAGGACCUAAGCGGCCUCUUCAAGGAGAUCGGGACCACCAAGUCCAGCAGCCCAGAUGAGUCUCAAGAUAUCCUGGCAGCUCCUGAAGCAUCACUUUUAGCGUUUGGGCUGAGACGGCAAGCCGAGCAGCUGGCCGUCCCGUUGGCAACGCUGUCAGUGAAGGUGGUCCUGGAGAGGCUGAUGGAGAUCUCUGGAAGGGAGGAGGACAAGGAGAGGGAGAUCCUCAGCCACUCUCAGAGGGUCCAGCUGCGUGCCCUCCUGGAGUCCAGCAGAGACCUCCUGGCACGUGGAUGCCUCUGCCCCAAGCUGCUGUGGCAGGAGUACAGGAAGUAUAACAAACUACCCAGGCUGGAUGUAGUCUUCCAUCUUCACUUUCACCAAAUACUCAAGUUCCAGGAUCUGAUAAAGAGUGAUGACGGCGUGACGCAGUGGUUGGUGCCACAGUUGAAGGCCCUGUGCAGUUGGACACCCCCACAGGAAGAUGAAGAAAGCGCCCACGCUCAGCACAAGGUCUUGUCAGGUAUCGUUGGUUUGUUGGUCAGCAUUGGCUUCCAGUCCAGUUCUGAGCCAGCAGCGAUGGAGAAAUGCAGCUCAGCACUCGGUGCCAUGCUGUUCUGGCUUCUGGAUGCUGCUGACGUGACUUCAACACAGACGUUGGCUCCAAGCGCUACAAGUCGAUGGUGUCAGCUGUUAAACGUCUUGCCGUGUCAACUCUCAUCAUCCCCGGACGCCAUUCGGGGCUUCUUCACGCAUUCGCUGACCCAGACGCUGACGUAUAAGCCCCAGCUGACUGUGUCGGAUGCUGUUAGUUUACAGAACAAGUGGACCUUUGCAAAAGCCACUCCGUUGCUCACCUCUCUCUUCCACAAGUUGUCGGUGAUCUUCAGCGUCGAGCACCUGCUGCACCACCUGCAGAAGGUGCUGGAGAACCACGAGGUCAACUGGAAACACGUCCUGUGCUUCCUGUCCACUCUGAUGGUGUACAGCCCCGCUGCACGGACCGCCCUCACAGAACUUCUGUCCCGACUGAUGACUUGUGCCUUUGAAGGCUACGACUUGGAGAGCCUGAUCACCGCCUUCCUGUUGGCGAGGCAGGGGGCCCUGCAGGGACCCGCCAUCUUCCCCUCCUACAGCCACUGGUUCCAGGAGUCUUUUGGAGGGGCGAGUGGCUUCCACGCCACCAGCAAGAAGUCUUUGGUCUUCUUGCUGAAGUUUCUGUCUGACUUGGUGCCCUUUGAACCCCCACAGUACCUCAAGGUGCACAUCCUCCAUCCUCCAUAUGUACCCGGGAAAUACCGCAACCUCCUCAUGGACUACGUUUCCCUUGCCAAGACCAGACUGGCCGACCUGAAAGAGUCAGUGGAGGACAUGGGUCUGUAUGGGGAUGUUUCUACUGCUGGAGUUGCACCACUUCAGGUUGUCCAGGAUGUGGAUAAGGCUCUAUCUCUUUUUGACAAUACAGGGAGAAUCUCUGCCACCGUCAUGGAGGCCAGUAUUUUCCGUCGGUCAUAUUUCCUCACACGGUUCCUUCCGACUCUGCUGAAGCCAAAAGUGCUGCCAGUCAAAGCAGAUACUCGGAUGAAGUUCAUCGCAGCGCUAAGACAAGCAGAAAAGAUCCCCGCUGCACAGUAUUCUGCAUACGUGGAGUCUUGCCAGAGGCUAACACAGCAAGACGGGAACGCCGCGUUCGAGUACGGCCUCGACCAUUCGCCGCAGGUCCUAAAGGUUCAGCUGCAGGAGCUAAUAGAGAACGUUGUUGAUGGACACGAAGGAGAUAUGUCGGCCCAGUUGUCCAGGAUCUCUCACACCUUGAGCUCCGUCUUUCCCGCUCUGCGUGACGACGGCGUGGAACAGGAAGUCGUCCAACUUCAGGGCGACGCUCAUGAGUUUUCAGAGCUCCACAUGAAUGUUGCCAAUAUGGUUCUCAGAGGGUUUUGCCAGUGCCUGUUAGAUGCUUCCCGAGUGCUGUCGCCUAAUAAACAAACAACGUGGGCGUCCAGGCUAGUCAGCGUAUUGGCAUGUAACACCCGGCUGCUCUCCUGCCUUCUACACAGACUGUGGGAUCUUCUCCAUAACCUGGGGUCCUCACUGAGUGGCCCACACCUGCUGGGUCUGGCAGCUUUUGUGGUCCACCUCCAUGCUGCCAUGCCGCAAAGUCCUUUAGUUGGUCUGGUUUCAUGGAGUCCGGUGCCUAUCUCGGAGGCCCUUAGCUCGGCGCUGGUCUGCAGCACACAAAGCAACAUGCUGUUUUGCGUCAGAUUUUGUGUAGCUGCUGUGUGCUACGGGAUGUGUCGAGGUGACUCGUUGACUCCGCGGUAUCAAGACUUGAUUCCCAGCAGCUUUUGCAAGAAGCUUCAGUACCUCAUCCCAAGACUGCUGCCUGAAGCCAGGACUCCUCAAAGUGAAGAAGCUGAGGACACGGACAGACUUGGACUGUGGAGCGAUGCCAAAGACAUCAGCAACGACUGGGAAAAGGCAGCUUGGUGCCUGUGGAGACACCCUGCCUUCCGUCAGCUCCAGCAGGCUCCAGAGUGUCAGUUACUGUUGACAGAGUGGCUGGCAAUUGAACUCCAAGUGGAAAGGAGUAAAGACGCUCUAUGUGACACAGAAAGACUGGAGUACCAGCAGUGGGCGUGCCUGGACUUCUAUCUGACUCGUCCAGAGAAUCAGGGCGGCUGUGGGGGAAGCAUGAAGAGCCUUUUCUGUCAUCUCGUCAACGGCAUCAUGGACCAGCGGUGCAGUGACAGUCGGGAAGAUCACGCCAUCUCGCCAAGAGGAAGCUGCACCCCAGACAUCAUCUGCACGUUGCGGCAGGUGGUCUAUGACAUGGAGCUGCCCACCCGGGCCAGCCACACCGGCAGACCUGAUGUAUGUGACUGCCUGCUGGAGUUGGUGUCUCAGAGGUUCUCCGGCUCACCGAGCUCCGCUUCAGCACGCCUCGGCUGUGAACACGCGCUGACCACGUGGAACAGAGUACUACUGGCACUCCCAUCCGUGUCUUUUAUCAAGAUGAGGACCGAAGAGGGCAGCCGGCAUCUGGACUCUACCAACCUCAUCCAACAUGUCAACCAGCAUCAGAGGACUGUAUGUUCCCCAGACGGAGUGUUGUCCUUUCAUCUAACAUCACACUUCCUGAGGGGUGUUUUGCACGCCAGUGCGAGGUGCGACCACGCCGGUGAGGAAUUCAACAAGACCUGGUCUCACAUCAGCCGCCAUUGUCCUCUGCUGCUGGUCUCCACGGCGUACUGGUGGGAGAGGCUUUCUACGGCGGUGAUGUGGUUAUGGCGUCGUCUCUGCGAUGGAGAGACUCCACCAGAGGAGCUGCAGAUCAUUGCGAGCAGCCAGCGCUGGGCCCGCAGUUUAAUGGGCGGCCAGUUGCUGCAGGUCCCGUCAGCUCCAGCGCUACUGUUAGCCGCUAGCCUUUAUGAAUGCCAAUCAACAGCCCAGCAGGGCGUCCAUGCCGCUCUCACCACCCUGCAACCGGACAGCUGCCCUCAACACAGAGAGGUUCUGGUCUUCCUGCUUUUCCUGUGUGUGAACGGCUACGUGUCAGCCUUCCUUUACCCUCAGGACAAGUGUGAGCAGAAAGCCCUGAAGUUGUGUACUGAGGUCUUGGUGCCGCUGGUGGACGCUGCUGACUGGCUGCUGAUCUUUCCGUCAAAGACAGCAGAACAGGGUGUUUAUCAGAGUGUUACCAUGGUGAUGUCACAGCGAUGUACUCAGCUGAUGCCGUGGGCUUUCUUCAGUGUGUUGCUCGAGCAGAGCGCCGAGCUGCAGCACAGAGCCGUGCGUUGUCCGGGCUUCCUCAGCACCGCCGUUUCCUGCUAUGUUGGCCUGCUGCAGCUCUUCUUGGAUGGAGACACCGUCGGCCAACGCCUCGGAAGUCAGAUCGACUCCUGCCGGAUCCUGAGCGGUGCCAAACGCUUCCUGCUGAGGGCCAUUUCUCAAACGUACCCUUCUUCUACUUCCUCCGGGCUCCUCACGCAGCUGGAGAGCCAGUGUCUGGACUUGGACCCGGAGGUGGCGGCGGCUCUGUCCACACACCUGGACCCUCACAGGCUGAGUCCUGAUAUGGAUUUCCUGUGAUAAGACGCUGAAAGACCAGCUCACGUUCCUCCUGGAGCUGUCACGAAGAACCAAGAUUGACAGUUGUUGAUGUUUCACCAGCAUUUCUGCAGGCUUUCCAUUAAAGGGAACCUAUGAUGCUCAUGUUGGAACCUUUUGUAUCGAGUUGU